AUGACAUCAUCAGCUUUAAAUAUUCCAGCUGGUUUUUUUUUCCUUAGCGAGUUUGAGCUCACACAAUGACCAUGUAGAGUGAGCAGAGGAAACUGCACAGCUCUAGACUUCACCACCCAGUUUCUCAGGACGUGGCUAAAGAAAGCAUCUGAACUAAGGAGGGGGGGAGAGAGAGAGAGAGUCGAAUUACUACAGGCAGGCAGAUUCUGAACAACACUGAACAGGGUCAGGAACGCAAGAGAGAAUCUCUUUAUUACUGGAGAGUAGCUUGCUGCAGCUGGUCUGAAUUGAGACAGAGAGAAAAAAAGGAGCAAGUCUGUAAACUUGGGCAGAAAGUCAGAGUCAGUAGGCUAUUGAAGAGAUCUCGAAGUUGCUUCAACAUGGCUCACUCAACCCCACUGAAUGGAGUGGACGGACACAAGGAUCCUUUGAUAGAGUUGUUUGUUAAGGCUGGGAGUGAUGGAGAAAGCAUCGGUAACUGCCCCUUCUCUCAACGACUCUUCAUGAUCUUGUGGCUGAAGGGUGUGGUCUUCAAUGUCACAACAGUUGAUCUUAAGAGGAAACCAGCUGACCUGCAAAAUCUGGCUCCUGGAACACACCCGCCAUUUAUAACCUUCAAUGGAGAAGUAAAAACCGAUGUCAAUAAGAUUGAAGAAUUCCUUGAGGAUGUCCUGGCUCCACCUAGGUACAUGAAGCUUGGCACAAAACACCCAGAAUCCAAUACAGCUGGGAAUGAUAUCUUUGCAAAAUUCUCAGCUUACAUCAAAAACUCCAAGCCAGAAGCUAAUGAAGCUCUGGAAAAAGGCCUGCUGAAAACCUUGCAGAAGUUGGAUGAGUAUUUGAACACAGCCCUUCCGGAAGAGAUUGAUGCUGACAGCAUGGAGGAUAUCAAGGCCUCCAACCGCAAGUUCCUGGAUGGAAAUGAGAUGACACUUGCAGACUGCAAUCUGCUCCCAAAGCUUCACAUUGUCAAGGUUGUAACAAAGAAAUAUCGGAACUUUGACAUUCCAAAGUCCAUGACGGGAAUUUGGCGGUACCUGCAGAACGCUUAUACCAGGGAUGAAUUCACAAAUACCUGCCCCGGAGACAAAGAAAUUGAAAUUGCUUACGCAGAUGUAGCAAAACGUCUCAGCAAGUGAUGAUUGGCAGGGCCAGCACAUGCAGCCACUAACAGAAAAGCUUUUGUUAACAGACAACGCUUUCCUUUUAUUGCAUGGUUUUGCAAGUUGUCAGAUAUAAUUUUAUAUCUUCUAUUGGAUUAUAACUUCAGGUAUCUCAGUUUUUACUUUUUUUACAUAUAUAUUUUUUAGGAAGGGCUUUCAAUGUUCUGCCAAUCAAGCAAGCAAUUGCUGAGGUGAUCAUAACCAUAUGGUAAUUGAUAUCCAAGAAGGAGUUGAUUCUCCGUGUAAUGAUGUAAUAGGAAGCUGUGCCUGUAAGACCUUGCACUGUGAACAGUCAUUCUAUAUGCUAUGUAAAAAAUAGCAAAAUGACUGUUUAUCUUACAGUCUAUUUAGAUCACAUUUAAAUGUAGAUAUCAUAAAACCAACCUUGGCCUCAAAAAUUAACAGAUUACAGUGCCUAACUGGUUAAGAUCACAAUAGUUACCACAAACACCUAAGUAUAACCACCUUUACUCAAGCAAGUAGCCUUGAAAGCCCUGGUGUAGGUAUUAUGAAGGACAUACACAUAAAGUCACAAAAUAUUAUAGCAGUAUUCUAUGGAUUACUUUUAUUAAUAUAUCUAUAAUGCUGCAACAAUCAUCAAAUUUGUGAUUGAUUAAUCAUGAAUAAAAUAUUUCCAUUUACCCCAUUCUAAAUUUCAUCAAUAACUAUUUUGACUUUUUAUGCUUGGAUUCAUAUAGUUGCUGUAAUGGGCAGGUGAGCUAGAAAUGGAACAAAAUCAACACUGAGGUAAAAUCUAGUCAUGAGUGGCUGUAGUGGGUGAUACAACAUGCUGUUUAUAGGACAUUUUGUGAGGUUUCAUUAAGCAGAAAUUAUUAUCCUUAUAGGGAAACGCAAGCUCAAGAAAAUAACAAUGGAUUUCUAGCUCUAUGUCUUUCUUGUAAUUUCAAAAAAGUUUGGUUUAUUUGAAUACAUACAGGUAGUUCGAGUGAAUAGUCCCAUUAUGUGAGGAUAUCUCCUUUUUAGUGUACAAAAACAGCUGGUGCUAUUUGUAUCUUGGAUAUUCUCAAGGGAGAUACAUAAAUCCUGAUGUCUUGUGGGCUCUGUCGCUUCACAGAAUGUGUGGGUCAGCGACUUCUUGCAAGAAACAUUUAAGUUAUUCUUGUGUUUCUUUGCCAAUUUUUCUUUCUCCGUAUCUACAGUAAAAUGGCAACCCCAGGAACAAUGCCAUCGCAUGUUUGAAUUACAUGAAAUUCAGAAUAAAAUGAGAGAGAACAAUUCCACUGUUGGUGAUCUCAUUGUUCAAGUAAAUCCUUUUACAUCACAACCUAUAGGCCACUUAACUAAUAGACACUCAGUAACACUCAGUUGUAAUCUAUAAGAAUAGGUAUCAUCUAAAGCUACCUCAGGUUGGCUUGUCUUGCUUUAAAGUGAUUUAUUUGUGUCUUAUGGAUGAUAAAAAGCAAGCUGUCAUUUUCUAACUCAUAACCAAGUUCCCUCUGAGACCAUAUUUUUCUUCUCCAAAUGGUGACUGGCUUUAAACACAAAAAAAAUAGCAAAAUUACUCAAAAUUUUUAAAAUAAAGGCCAAAGUGAUUGUUGCAACAUUAUAACGUUAGCGCUCUAUGAAAUGCAUUGGUAAUGGAGUUACACCACAUUGGUUUUAUUGCAAAACUUUCAUAUUCUUAAACACAGAUGAUAGUCAUUUAAAAUGCCAGUUUAUUUGUUCCCAGUUUAUGUGUACAACCAACGCGUAACACUGCAAAGCACAGUGAAUUUCAUCUACUUAAGCAACCUUAUUCAUUUAACUCCAGCUAACUGAUUACAGAGCAGUAUUUGAGGGCCGUGCUAAAGACUCAUCAAUCAUCACUCUCGCCUCUGGGAAUGGAGGCUGUAUGGUGAGAGAAAAUGGCUCUUUGGAGCACACUGGAGAAUAUGUAUUUUGUUCAAAAAAUAAGCUGCAUAAAACAAGCAGAAGCUUUUUAUUAGCUACCAUACAAGGUCAGAAAAUUUUCCAUUAAUAAAAGUUGACCUGUACAAUUGCAUUUUCUUAUUUAUGCCAGUCAUAUCUUUUAUUUUGUUUUCCCUUGAUAUCAGAGUAACUUCAUUGUAAAUAGGUUUCCCAAAGAUAGCAGAUCCUGUGGGAUGCAUUUCCCAGAGAACCUGUCUGCAAAAUAUCAUUAAGUCAUUUAAAUAAUGGGUCUCACCUGGCACAUUUUCACCUGAAGUCAACAAUUAGGUAAGCAAGCAAACUAGAAGAGUGAUUACCACAUGUUGUGACAAAGUACAAUGGUUCAAAAUGAAUUUCUCCACAACACAACUGCUGGUUAGAGAGCAUGCAUAGAUGAUUACAUUUGGUUUGGCAUGCUUCCAUGUUUAAUUAAAGUAAUAUUUCAGAUUUUAUAUAAUGUUCAGAAAUUGCUGAAUUACUGUAUUUUGUAAAAUAGGAUAAUUUUCAACAUAUUAUUACUAAAAUAAUAUUAAGAGUAAUGUGCUUUUUUUUAAGAAAUGGUUGUGCACCAUUGUCACCAUGAAUUCCCCAACUGUAAACCAUCCGGGCUGCCCACUCUGCUCUGAAAAAAGUCAUCAUCUCUUGAGUAGUAAUAUUAAAAGAAGACUGCAUUACUAGAAUAGAUAGAGUGUUGAACAGGUAGUCAUUGAUUAAUAGAAAAAGUGCAGGUGAGGAAGGCCUGGAGGUCACUCUUGCAUCAUAUGCAGGGAUGAAGAAAUUUGCAUCUGUUUUAAACUGAAACACUGAAAAAUGGAUUGUUGGUGUCAAGAAGUAACUAACAAGUGUGUAGUUUCAGAAGGAUUUGCAAUGAUCUACAAAUAUUAAGUGUAAAGUCACAAGAGGAGUUCUUAGCAUGAAAUAUGUGGUGAUUUUCAUUUUUUAAAAGUCAUUUACAUUUGAUAACUGGAUGUUGUGCAUCUCCUAUUCAUGUGGUUUUGUAACUCUUUGGUUCAGCUUUCUCAUGUUCUAAUAAAUAUUUCCUAAACUAUUUGCUUUGGCCUUUUGUAAACACCUAAAUUGGCUUCAAUGCAGAUGCUGGUUUGUUAAUCCCUACACAAGUCUGGCUAUGUUUACACAGAGUGCAUUAUUUCAAAGUGAACUGGCAUUAAAUUUGCGUUAUGCUUUGAACAAAUGCUUACGUAACAUUCAUGAAGAAAUAAGCAUUUCUUAGAGUGAUAUUAGUUCUGUGCUGACAUGAAUUCAGUGUGUAAACAUUAACUCUGUUAGCUGGGAGAGAAAGUAGGUGGAAGAACAAUACUUUCACUGGGAAUGUGCUCUGUGAAAGAAUUGCAGAUGGUGAUUGUAGUUAACUAUUCUGAUGCAUUAAAGUAAAUCCUUCCACCUCUCUUCUGUGGUUGUCAGGAGUGACUUCCUUUCUUCUGAAUUGAUGGAUUAUUAUAUGUUUUAAAACAACACUCCAAUGCUUAUUUGCAUUUUGCCCUAAGAUACUGAGAAGUAAAGGUCAUCCUAAAACUUUAUCAAUGUUUUCAUUUUCUCAUUAUAUUGAAAAGACUUUUGAGAAAGUUUGUGUGUAGAUGUGAGUAUAUAGGAUGUUUAGACUUAGAAUAUCCCAGACUGUUCCAGCCAAGGCAAAAACAAAUCAAUACCUGUAAAAAAAAAUUUAUGAAAAUAAUGUCCAGUAGGUAGAAAGACAACAAUAUGUUCUCCAAGCAUAUCAAAACUAUAGGGACUAUGACUGACAACAAUUGAGAAGGAGCAAAGACGAAAUUCCACAUAAAAGAUUAGGAAACCAUCACACCAUUAAGCUUUUUAUAAAUUUUGAACUAAGCUAAAUCGAGACUGGCACGAGUGAAGUAAACGGGGCUCCUUCGGGUUAAAGGCAUGGAAAUUUUAGGAACUUAAGGUUGUAGUUGAACAAUAGGAACAUUAGUUUAGCUUGGGGUCCCCAGUGCCAUGUUUAUUUUUUCAUGACUACUUAUUAACAAUUAAUGAUGAGAUGAAAGAAGCAAUCAGGUGAUGUCUAAUUAUGAGUAGAAAUCUCUCAACUGGUACAUUUGGGAUCUGGCACAACACAAAGAUUUCAAAAUGGUAUGCUUAGUUGAAUAAUUAGGUUUAAUAAACCCAAUAUAAAAGCCAAAAUCAAAUAUGCAGUUGCAUUUUGUAAUAUUAUGUUUUUAAAUUUCAUAAGUGAAGUAAAAAUUUGGAUUAAUUUCUUCAAAGUUUACAUGCCUGUGGAUUCUGUCAUCAGUUCUGUCAUUGGCUCUACUUCAAUUUCCAAUGAUUAUGUCAUUGAUAAGCCAGUGGUGUGUUAUAUAGCAUACAGUAUAUCAAUACAAGGGAAGGGGCUAUGUAUUAAACCUCAAAUAUUGUAUUUUCUUGAUAUUUAAACUGUUAACCAAUUGCAGCAGUUUCUGAACUUUAACUAUUUUAUCAUACAAAAGGGCUGAAUACCAAAAUGCCACCAGCUUCUGACAUUGUUGGGACCAAUGCUAAUUGGCCGUUGCCUUAAACUGUUAAGGAUUUGAAAUAGGAAAAUGUAAAAGGGAUUAAGUUGACAUUUGUAAAAAUAUUGUAAUCUCUUUCAGAGUUAACUCUAGCACCAAGGUGAUUAAUAAGUAGCAGAGGAGAACCCAAAGAGAUUCUUCUGACCUAGUGUAUGAUAUGAAUGGAAGGUGUUAUAUUUAACUUUAUCUAUUAGAGGAUCACUGCUAUACAGUAAACUAUGGCUUUGGGCAAAUUUGUAACUUGCUUCAUUUGAAUACAAUUUUAAAUACAUAUAUUUUUAAAGUUGUGAAAAACUGACAACAUUUAGGAUGCUUGUCACAAAAUGCAAUAGCAGUAAGAAAAAACUUUCAGGAUAAGCUGUGAUAGUCUGUUCAAAAGAUAUCUUGUCUUUCAUUAGUUUUUUGACAUUCUUUUUUCACUAAUGAAUGAAUAAAAAUGUAAAUCAUGAUUUUGUUCUUGCCUUCAGGAAAGUUGAAUGCCUACAGUUAUUCUGGACUACAAAAUUCUGUUCUAUUUUUUAAAAAGAUGGUUUAAGAAUGGAGGUAAUCUAAAUCACAUGGAACAGUAUUUGAAAUGGAUCAUUAACAUUAUUGUAAAAGUUUAGAUCAGAAUACUGAUUGCCACAUGCAUGCUGACACGUUGAUUAUGGUACAAUAAUCAUUGUAAUUAUGUGAAAAUUUAAAUUUGUAUACAAUCUCUAAAGCACUUAUUGGAAAGGAAGCCUCAGUCAUUCAAUGGAUAUUCAUAUCCAUUCUCUGUCUCUGCUCUCCUUAAAACUACGCAUGGAUACGAGUAAUCAGAAAGUAAUUUUGCCAUGUUCAUUUACCUUGUAUUGCCAUCAUUUAUUGUAUUAUUUUUAGAAGUAAAUAUGCAUUUUUAAUGUAAUGCUUAUGUUCACUCUGAAGGCAAUUCUUUCUGAGCAGGGUAAAGUCAUUAAAAUAACACUGAUCAAUAAUUAUCAUUAUGCUUUUCCCUGUGAACUGCCAAGGAGCACACAUGUCUUAUCACCUGCAAGGGUGGUGAACAUUGUACUAGUAGCUCUAAAUUGGAUUUGAAGAUUUCAAAAUAAAGUGACUAUUUGAAGCUUCAAUUUCAAAUUUACAAAGACAACAAUUUUGAAAAGAUCAUUGCACUAAUUCAAUCCACCACCACAAAGGAAAGUGGGCAACUUUUGGAUUAUUUUGGACUGAGGCAACCCUUAUUUAAAUUGCUUCAUCAAUCUUCCAUCCAUGGGUUAAUGGUUUCUUAUGGCUGAUGAGAUUUGAUGGGAUACUAAAUUGGCAAGUACCACGUAUGUCCUCUCAAAAGUCAAAGCAAGCUUGAGAUUGACAGGGUAAUGAUUCAUCAAAGAACAAAUUCUAUAUUAACAAAAGACCAAUCAGACAUAGUGAAAACAACAUCUUUGUCUAGUCUUUCUAAAAUCAAUUUAUAAUUUAUGAAGUUUGGGUGGUGAAGAGCAUUAUAUCUUCAACACUGGUGAUAUUAAACAAUUGGUUAAAGAAAGAAAGGGGAUAAGAAUUCAUUUAAUAAUACUGCAGAUUUGGACUUCAUCAUUAUGGACAAGUACCCUGCCACUGCUGAACAUUUUCAUUGGAAGAUAAGUUUAGAGUUAUUUUUUAAAUGCUGGAGACUACAUGUAGAUUGGGGUCUCUUUUCCUCAGACCAACUACGAGUUUCAGUCCCUGUUGUACAGUAUGCUUACAUCUCCCACUGUAUGUUGAACAUAUUGUGCAAAAAACACCAGUACACCACUGGCAGUUGUUAAUAAAAUAAAAUGUAUAUUUUCACAUCUAA